AUGUUUGCUAUUUAUGAACUAAUUAUUAUUUUCGGGUCACCAAUUCUCUUUGCUAUUGGAGGAUUUUUUUUUUGUAAGGAACGUCUUUUUAAAGAAAAUAAUAUAAGACAUUUUGUUACACAAAUAUUAUUUGCUAUAACAUUUUCUUCUUCCUGUACAAUGUUUGAAUUAAUAAUUUUUGAAAUAAUGGAUAUUUUAAAUUAUGGAUCUCGAUAUAUCUAUUGGAAGGUUGUGCUAUAUACUAUGCUUCUAAUGUGUAUUAUUGUUCUUCCAAUAGCAAUUUCUGUUUCUUUUCUAAAAUCAUUUUGUCAAACGAAAAGAAAUUAUGUAACAAUAUUUAGUAUAGUAUUCUAUGGAAUAUAUAUAUUUAUGUUUUGGAAAAUUGGUGAAAAUUUUCCAUUUUUAAAUGCUAAAUAUUCUUUCUUUUCAAUUGAACAAGCAAUAUCUCGUGUUGGUAUUAUAGGAGUUACUGUAAUGGCAUUACUAUCAGGUUUUGGUGCCGUUAAUGCUCCUUAUACAUGUAUGACAUAUUUUUUAAAACCUAUUACAGAAACAAGUAUUGCAAAUAUGUAUAAAAAAGUUAAACAAAAUCAAAGUAUGAUUGCUUCUAAAAAAUUAAAAUAUCAACAAUUAGAAGAUGAAUUAAAUAGAAGUGCCUUUACUAGAUCAUAUGAAUCACCAAGCAAUAUAUUUCAUCGUUUUUUAAAUUCUGUAUCUAAUUCAAAUACUCAUGUCAAAAAUCAAAUGGAUGAACUAACUAAUGAAAUUUAUGAACUAGAAGAAUUUUCCAAGUAUCUUGAAAUUGAAUAUAAAGAACAAAUAUACUGGAAAGAACGUGCUGAUUACAGCAAAACACUUCAAGGAAAAUAUUUCAAUGUUUUAGGAUAUUUUUUUUCUAUAUAUUGUGUAUGGAAAAUAUUUAUUUCUGCUGUAAAUAUUAUUUUUAAUAGAGUUGGAAAAGUAGAUCCUGUUACAAAACUUAUUGAAAUUGCUGUAAAACACAUGGGUUAUGAUAUAGAUAUUCCUUUUUGGUCUCAACAAUUAAGUUUUAUUAUAAUUGGAGUUAUAGCUGUAACUUCUGUUAGAGGUCUCCUGAUAACAAUGUCUAAAUUUGUUUACGCAAUAUCUAGCAAGAAAUAUGCACAUAUUAUUGUUUUAUUUAUGGCACAAGUAAUGGGAAUGUACUUUGUUUCAUCUGUUCUUCUCAUACGAAUGAAUAUGCCCCACGAAUAUAGGGCUAUAAUUACAGAAGUCGUCGGUAACCUUCAAUUUAAUUUUUACCAUAGAUGGUUUGACGUCAUAUUCCUAAUUGCUGCAAUUGUUAGUAUACUAUUUCUUUAUCUAGCGCACAGAAACGUCCGCGUGAAGAACGAUUUGUAA